UUGUUCCGAAAAUUUUCCGGAGAGUAGUUUGCUUCGUCUCCGGCCACUGCCUCUCGGUUCUGUUCCACGACGACUUGACAAGUGAUUAGACGAGGAAGAUGAACAAAUUGCUGGCACUGGUACUUCUUGCUGCGUAUACCGCGGCAGGCCCUACGAACGUUCUCGUGCAGCCCUCUCAACAUCUGAAUUGUUUGGAGCACGAAAAUGAAUUCUUCAGCUGCGUCUUCGCGAAGACCAUCAGUGCUGUUGAUAGAGCGGCUCGAUCAAACGACAUCGAGAUUGUCGAUGGCGUGACUUUCGUACGAGAGACUCCGAUGGAGCGCAUUGGCAAGAAUUUAGAAACGAACGAAAUAGAGAUCAUGAAUGAAAUAUCACGCGAGAACUCCGACAGUAUGGGAAUACUUUUCAACAAGUUGAUUGAUUCGACUGUCUCUUUUUUGAAGAGUCAUAGUUUGAAACUUAACAUGCCCAAAAGUUUAAUCCCUCGCACUUUGAAUGAAGGACGUGGCAAGAUCAAGAAAAUGAUUCUACCACUUAUUGCCGCAGCGGGUCUCAAAAUUUUCGCGUUUUUACCAAUUUUGUUCAUCGGUUUAGGUGCGUUAGCUGUGAAAGCUUUAAUCUUCGGCAAAUUUGCCUUGCUUGUUGCCAGCGUCAUGGCAUUCCAGAAGCUUUUUGGUGGUAAUGGUUCUUUCUUUAAUAAAAAUCCUGCGCCUUGGUUUGACAACGGCGCCGCUGGAGGUGGCGCUUGGAUUCCUAGUGCGUCCGCAGGAUUGCAGCACCAAGGAUAUAGAAGUUUCGACAGGACUGACGCGGAAGUCGACGCCCACGAUUUGGCAUAUUCUGCACACGCACCGGUUGCCAACGGUACCGAUUAAACGAGACAUUUUAUUUUUUUGUCUGCCAUGGAGAGACUUGGAAAUAUCCGAAAGCCAUAUCCCACGGAGCCAAAAAACCUCCUCGAGGCCAUUGGACCCACCUAUGACUGCUAGAUUAUAAUAUUUAUAUGUAUACGUCGCAAGUAAUUUAUUAACUAAAUAAAUUAUUGAUUAAUU